AUGGCUGAUCUUGAUAAUAACUAUGAUCAUAAUUCUGCACCCCCUUUAAUGGACAAGAAACCUACUAUCGUUAUAAAAAUCAGGCAUAAUGUGAUACCCUAAAAGGUUGAUUGUGAUGAUGACCCACAAAAAAGAGGCAUCUAUAAAUUUCACGCCAUUUGCAAGUUAAAUUAAAAAAGAUAGCAUCCAAAAGGAAGUAAACAAUUAAUUUAAAGCUUCUUAAGCUAACGUCAAGCCUGUGUCCUCAGCCCUACUUAAGGCUAAGCUUCUUCUUACAAGUAAAAUGUAACUCCUUAAAGCGAUUAAUAUUCUGAAAGCACCAACGAUAAUUCUCUAGAUGAAGCUGCUGUAAAAGAAUCGACUUACAAAUCAUCACAUUUCAACAGCCCUAAUCUGGAUAUUCUUUCCCUUAAAGAUAUUUCUGUGGAUAUCAAGCUGCCCCAAAAUGGUUAAAUAAAUUAAAAUAACUAUGGCGUAAAAUGCAACUAAGCAAAAAACUUUUGA